ACAGUUCCACAAAAUUUUUGGUUUAGCUAAAUUUCCAGUUUUACGUUGCUUAUCGGUUCAAUAAAACCAAUGUGACCCCAAUGGGGAACACUCCGACCACCAGUCAAGUGGGUCAUAGGCCAUCGCAGGACUACGACGAGGAGAGGGUCUUCCAUGGUAGCCACAGGAAUCCGGACCGGAGUCGUAGUCGCCACUGCUUUCUCAUUCGCUCGCAAAGGCCUCCGAAUAGGGCCCUAGAUCCGGGAACCCAGUGCUGUUGUCCUCCUCCCACGACGACGACCAGCUGCUGUUGUCCCUCUCCGCCUUCCCCUACUCCUACUCCAGCUCCUACACCUACUCCGCCUCCGGCUGCUACUCCAGCCUGCAAACCCCGUCAGAGGUGCUGCUGUGCCUCACCACCGGAAACAGUGAGGCCAAGGGCUUGCUGCACCGCCGGAAACAAGCCCCAGAGAUGCUUCAACAACUGUCCCGGAAACGGAAAUGGUGGACAGGGGGCGCGGAGGAUCAAAGCUUGUCAUCCGGAUGCCUACCCCAUGCCUGAGCUUCUCAGGACGAAGCCAAUAUCCCUUCAUCCUUUGGGCGCCAGAUGCAACUGCGAUGACCGCAAAACAGACACUCGCAGGACAGUGGCUAUUGCUCCCGAAGAGCCCGUUCCCGUCGAGCCAGAGCCACAAGCUGAGAUCCCAUACAGCGACUCGGUGAGGUCCUUCCAGCCCGCUGCCCGAGCGAUAAAUGAAGUCAGCCAAGACCCCCACGAUCCGUACUAUCCGUAUCCCCCACGGAAUGAUGCCCGUCUCCAGGAAGUGGAUGCUCUGGGCACCUUUGAUUUGAACCGAUUUGAUAGGGAUGCCACCCACCUGGGUCCUGGUAGAAGAAGAAAUGUUUCCAUUCGGACAUGCGUGGACUACGACUACGAACCAGAAUAUUCACCUCGCGAAAGAACCCAUCCGCCUUCUAAGGUUCAUUCCGGGUAUCCACCUCCUCGCGGUUCUCCCGGAUAUCAUCAUGCUCAGGGGCCUUCCAGAUAUCCACAUCCACAGGGGCCUUCUAGAUAUCCACCUCCUCGAUCGCGUCCUCCCCCCGCAUAUGAACCUCCUCCACCAGAAUAUGCACCCCCUCCACCAACAUACGCACCCAGAACUCGGUCACCUCCCCCAUAUGGGCAACGACAACACGCGCCCAGAGCCCAUCCGGGAUCUUAUGAAAAUGCGGAAGUCGAGUACGUCAAGUGUCCUUAUAGAUGAUGGGUUGCGGCUAAAUUCAAAUUGCAACGUUUUAUACAUAUGCUUCAAAAUUUAAAUCAAAUAACCAGAAACUCUUAAUGACUGGAUUUUACUUGAAUUCGUAUUUUUAAAGAUUACUUUAAAAAGGCAACGGUUUGAAAA